AGAGAGAGAGACGGGGGGGUGAGGUAGAGAGAGAGUAGAGAGAGGGGGUGAGGACCAGUCUCAUCACUCUGAGACUCGGAGUCGUUGAGCUCGUAGCUCCGGGUUCUGGUCCUGGAUGUUUGACUCCGAGCUCCGGGUUCUGGUCCUGGAUGAAGCAGCCGCCUCCUCUUCCUCUUCCUCUUCCUCCCCCCGGUGGAUGUGGGAGUCAGUAGCCGGGCAGCGGUGCACCUGUGCCGGCCCCGGAGUGAAUGGGAUUCCGCCGGUCGUUCCGCGCCUGCUGGAGGAAACAUGCGGCCGCAGAGCCCCCCGGUGCCCCCGGUCCCCCCGGUCUCCCCGGUCCUCCUGCUCCGGCUGCCGCCUCCGGUGCUGAUGAUGAUGAUGAUAAAGAUGAUGAUGAUCGGACUGUGCAGCGGCACAAGUUUCCCAAGUAACAUCAACAUAGGAGGCCUCUUCCCCACCGGCUCCCAUGAGUACGAGGUGUUUCGAUUCGCUCUGGCUCAGCACCAGGACGUCCCCAAACUGGUCCCUCAGGUGGACAUGGUGGACACGGGAAGCAGCUUCGCUAUGACCUACGCCUUCUGCUCCCAGUUCUCCAAGGGGGUUUACGCCAUCAUGGGUCUGUACGACCGGAAGACGGUGAACAUGUUGAUGUCGUUCUGUGGUUCUCUCCACGUCUGCUUUGUCACGCCGUCCUUCCCGGUCCAGACCAACAACCAGUUUGUCCUCCAGCUCCGGCCCCAGCUCCAGGAGCCCCUCAUGUCCCUCCUGGACCACUUCUCCUGGACCCGCUUCGUCUACAUGUACAGCUCCGACUCAGGACUGUCGGUGCUGCAGAGGAUCCUGGACACGGCGGCUGAGCGGCCCUGGCAGGUCACCUCCGUAAACCUGGACACUCUGACCGAAGCCGCCUUCAUCAAGCUCCUGGCCGACCUCGACUUCAAGAAGGAGUUCCAGAUCAUCAUCAACUGCGAGCUGGAACGCCUCAACUCCAUCCUCAACCUGAUCGCGGCUCAGAAGAGGAACUUGAAGAACUACCACUACAUCCUGGCCAAUCUGGACUUCCUGGAUCUGAACGUCACAGAGUUCCAGAAACUGGCUCCGAACGUGACGGGUUUCCAGCUGGUGAACAGGUCCAACCCCUCGGUUCAGAAGAUCAACCAGUACUGGAUGGACUUCGACAGCAAGGACCUGAAACUGGCCCGGAGGAGACUCAAGUACACGGGGGCGUUGACCUAUGACGGCGUCAGCGUCAUGGCGACGGCGUUCCAGAACCUGCGGCGCCAACGCAUCGACAUCUCUCGCCGUGGCAAUGCAGGGGAGUGUCUGGCCAACCCCCCCGCCCCCUGGGGGCAGGGCAUCGACAUCCAGAGAGCCCUGCAGCAGGUGCGUCUGGAGGGGCUGUCGGGUCACGUCCAGUUUGAUGAACGAGGACAUCGCACCAACUUCACUCUGACGGUGAUGGAGCUCACCCCCAAAGGACCCAUGAAGAUCGGCUACUGGAACGAGAAGAGAGGCUACGUGAACACGGCCGUCUACCGGCCGGUGCAGGAGGAGUUUUUCGGCCUCCAGAACCGAACCUACGUCGUCACCACCAUAUUGGAAGCUCCCUACAUGAUGCUGAAGAAGAAUCACGAGCAGUUUGUGGGGAAUGAUAAGUACGAGGGUUACUGCGCUGAACUCGCUGCAGAAAUCGCCAAACACGUGGGCUUCAGCUACCGACUCGAGCUCGUCGGCGACGGCAAAUAUGGAGCCAGAGACCCCUUCACCAACAUGUGGAACGGCAUGGUGGGAGAGCUGGUGUACGGGAAGGCCGACGUGGCCGUGGCUCCUCUGACCAUCACCCUGGUACGAGAGCAGGUGAUCGACUUCACCAAACCCUUCAUGUCUCUGGGAAUCUCCAUCAUGAUCAAGAAACCCACCAAGUCCAAGCCGGGCGUCUUCUCCUUCCUCGACCCGCUGGCCUACGAGAUCUGGAUGUGCAUCGUGUUCGCCUACAUCGGAGUCAGCGUGGUGCUCUUCCUGGUGAGUCGUUUCAGUCCGUACGAGUGGAAAGGUGACGACUCAGAUGAUGAAGAUGAAACUUUUCACUCCUCUGCAACUCGACAAGCUCUGCCCUCCUCAUCCUCCGAACUCGCUCACUCCCCAGGGUUUUCUCAGAACCAGAACCAGCAGAAAGAAAAGGACUCUCCAGAAUACACCAACGACUUUGGGAUCUUUAACUCUCUGUGGUUUUCUCUGGGAGCCUUCAUGCAGCAGGGCUGUGACAUCUCCCCCAGGUCUCUCUCGGGCCGAAUCGUUGGAGGAGUUUGGUGGUUUUUCACCCUCAUCAUCAUCUCUUCGUACACGGCCAACCUGGCGGCCUUCCUCACCGUGGAGAGGAUGGUCUCGCCCAUAGAGGGCGCCGAGGACCUGGCCAAGCAGACGGAGAUCGCCUACGGGACCCUGGACGGGGGCUCCACCAAGGAGUUCUUCAGGCGUUCAAAGAUCGCCGUGUUUGAGAAGAUGUGGUCGUACAUGCGCAGCGCCGACCCGUCCGUCUUCGUGAAGAACACCAACGAGGGCGUGAUCCGGGUCCGGAAGUCCAAGGGGAAGUACGCCUACCUGCUGGAGUCCUCCAUGAACGAGUACAUCGAGCAGAGGAAGCCCUGCGACACCAUGAAGGUCGGAGGGAACCUGGACUCCAAGGGAUACGGAGUGGCCACGCCCAAAGGCUCGCCCCUCAGAAACCCUGUUAACUUGGCAGUGUUAAAACUGAACGAGCAGGGCCUGUUGGACAAAUUGAAAAACAGAUGGUGGUAUGACAAGGGAGAGUGCGGCACCGGGGGAGGGGACUCCAAGGACAAGACGAGCGCGCUCAGUCUGAGCAACGUGGCCGGAGUGUUUUACAUUCUGAUUGGUGGCCUGGGUCUGGCCAUGAUGGUGGCUCUGGUCGAGUUCUGCUACAAGUCUCGGAUCGAGUCAAGAAGGAUGAAGGAACUUAUCGACGCCGCCAUGAUGAGCACCAGCCUCGGGGGGAUGGCGGGAGGAGGAGGAGGAGGAGGAGGAGCCCCGGCCGGAGGCGGUGCUUUAGGAGGCGAGAACGGACGCGUGGUGGCGCACGACUUCCCGAAAGCUGGUGCUCAGGGUUUACCCUGCAUGAGCAAGGCAGCAGGACUGGGGCUGUCCUCCACGGGCAUGUGAUACAAACCGAGGCCCCUGAUUGGAUGGGACGCUCCCGUCAGCCUGCAGGUGAGAAAGGUAAGGAGAGGGAAGGAGGUGAAAACGAGAGACGUUUGGAACGAGUGUUCAUGAUGAUGAUGAAUUGGAGCAAAUGGAAGAACUCUAAUGAACAGAGAGCACCUGAACACAACACCUGAGUCUGGACUCAAUGAACUCCCACAAAUCUACUUUUUCUACGAGCGCUGUCUUAAACUGAACUCCUCCUUCUGCAAUAACAGGACCUGGAGGGAGGAGGGGAGUUUUUAUGUUUGUUGUUUAAUUUCUUAAUGAACUAAUUAACCCUUAUAAUGCGUUAGAAAAGCUGCCCAUGUCUGAACAGCUCAAAACUGACACACGACUUCAUCCAGCACAAAGUUUUUUUUGUUUCUGAUCUCACAUCUAACUUGUUAUUCAUUCGUAUCCAUGUAAGAUCUGAGUUAAAUGUUAUUUUUUUGCCCCACAGAGUUUUUAUCAAGUUUUUAUCUGAAAAAAAGAUUGUAAAUUGAGAGAAAUUUGAUCCACAGACGUCACUUUCUUUGUGAAAAAUUGACUUUUUUUCACAUUUUAACUUGGAAACAGGUCAAAUUUGACCGUGACACAAUAUAAGGGUUAAUGCAUCAUCUCUUCAUCCUCCUCCUCCUCCUCAGUUCAGCCGUAACACGAGAGCUUUGUCACCUUCACAGAAAAGACACUUUGAUACGAGAAAGUCUGGAUGUUUUAGCAUGAAAACAUUAUUAUUAUUAUUAUUUUUUACUCUGAAGCACUGACGAACACUAGCGACGAUGAUGACGAUGACGAUGAAGAUGUUACCUGCCACCAAAUAUUACCACAGUGAAGACGAACGUAUUUUUCUGCCGAGCAUCAACAUCAUUUAACUGUUAAGUCAUGUAGAUGUGGAGGUUUCCCAUCAUGCACUGCAAAGAAGGGAGUCAUAGCAUCAAAUUUAUUCCUCGUCAAAGACAAAUAAUCAAUUUUUAAAUUGAGUGAGUUGACAUUUUUUUUCGUUUUUGCUAAACAGGCAGAAAGAGUUUAAAGAAAGCUGUUUCUUGACUGAAUAUGUUCACAGCCUUAAAUUGAACUAAUUAGCUAAUUAACCUGAUCUGGGAACUUCUCCACAACAGAAACAUGAGCUUAUUGACCAUAAAUUUCUUCUUUAGAGCUGUAAGAUAGAGAUUAAAUGCUUGAAAUUUUCUACAGCUGUCGUUUCCUUUAUGGUUUCAGUUUGCAGAACGUCGCACGACAACUAAAGAAUAAUAAAACGAAUUAACCUGCUUCCUGUUUGAUGCUUACGAAUCUUAAACUAAUCUCAAACUUAGGGAAACUUUGUCACCUGGAGGCUGCGAGUGUGACUAAACCAGUUUGUUUUUUGAAUGAUUAAAAUGUCAUGAAUUCAUUUUUAAAAAAACUUUUUUUAACUACUUAUAAAAAAACACUGACAUUACAACAGCAUGUGUUCAAACCGUCGAGUUUACAGUGUAAAAAAAUAUAAAUAAAUGAUGAUCGUCCACAACGAUACAGCUAAAAGGGGCUCGAACGAAAAUCUGCAAUGAACUGCAUCAUGGGAAACGUAUUUUUUGUUCAUUUCAUCCCGUUAAUGGAAAACUAUCAACUCAAGCGCUUCGUUAGUGGUUUAAUUUUCAUAUUUUAACCGUUCAAAACACAUUAGAAUUAAAGUUUUCAGUUCCUUUAUUAGAAUCUUUCACAACUCUGGCUUUUUUUUGUUGUUGUUAUUAUUAAUACUUUAAUAUUCCUCUGUUUCUGCCCAGGUAACACACAAUGAGGCUUUUGGAGACGUCCACAUUUUCUUCAAACAUAUUAUAAGAUCAAAACUAUAAAAUAUAAUCCAACGUUUCUGAAAACGUCAGCGAACAUGUCACAGAUCAUGUGUAUCUUUGCCUGUAUUAUUAUUAUUUUAUUAUAAUUAUUUCAUAAACCUAUCAUCACCUAUUAUUUCUUUUUAUAGCUGUUAGAAAACUGUUGGUGUCCAGAAUCUAUCAAAACAGUUAGCAAGCUAACACGUGGCUAAUUCAAUCCAGACUCUAUCAAGGCUAACAGUUAGCAAGCUAACACGUGGCUAAUUCAGUCUAGAAUCUAUCAAGGCUAACAGUUAGCAAGCUAACACGUGGCUAACUUAAUCCAGAAUCUAUCAAGGCUAAUAGUUAGCAAGCUAACACGUGGCUAACUUUAUCCAGAAUCUAUCAAGGCUAACAGUUAGCAAGCUAACACGUGGCUAACUUAAUCCAGAAUCUAUCAAGGCUAAUAGUUAGCAAGCUAACACGUGGCUAACUUUAUCCAGAAUCUAUCAAGGCUAACAGUUAGCAAGCUAACACGUGGCUAACUUAAUCCAGAAUCUAUCAAGGCUAAUAGUUAGCAAGCUAACAUGUGGCUAUCUUAAUCCAGGAAGUGUAAACAUACAAUAAAAACAUACAAUAAAACAAUGAAACAAUAAUUACACGAGUCUAAAUGUCAUGAACUUUCCACCGUUUCUGAAAACGUCGCGUCACUGAGCAUGUUCCAUACAGACGAAAAGCUAAAACUCAAAUUAAAGCUCGUAAUUAAAUCUCUGUAUUUAAAGUGACUUAUUAACUGUAUAGUAAAUGUCAAUUAUUUCACAUUCAAACAUAAAUUCUUCAGUUUUCAGGUUGAUUUGUGGAAACGUUUCUGCUCUGAAUGACUCAUGUGCUGAGACGUCUGUUAAUCACUCAUUUAACUUUCCUUUAUUUAUUCAUGAGUUUAUACUUUGUUUUGUUAUUUAAUAAAAACUUUAUCUCGA